CUGGAACACCGGAAGUUCCGACUGUUUUUUUUCCUUUAAACUGCGACCAUUCCUCCCAGUAGCUUGACGAAGUCACUACAUUUGGCUUCCUUAGCUCUCGACUGGCCGUGCGAGCAAACCCAGAGAUAUACGUUCGGGUACAGACUGAGGUAGUGCUGUUGUUUCUAUCUGUAUCAAACGCAGCCUGUCUGUGUUAGCAGGGCCUGAAACGCGCUAAUGAAUGACUAAGGCGAAGUUUGCUAACUUACAGCUAGCAGCAAGUUGGAAGCGUGGCGGUGUCCGUCGUACAGCUGGUCUCUGCGUUAUAUUGUCAGCGUGUUGUUAUUACAGUUAUUACCUACAACAACCAGUGGAAGACAAUAUAGCGUUUUAUGCUGUAACAAAGGUGAUAAUUAUGCAUGGAAAUGGAAAUUACGAGCCACCCCGUCAUUGUACCGUACAUCACUGACAGUUUUGUUCUGAUUUGACUGUCUAUCAUAAAACUAAAGCGCCGUUGUGAUCCGAGUAUGUGGAGGAAGUAUUUUCUCUGAAGGCUCGCUGUUAGAAAUGUGCACUAAUCAAGCUUUAGGUCAAGUCAGCCGCCAGACCUCCCUGACGACCUCUGCUCAGAUGCCAGGGGCUGGUCCAUGGGUGUGAGCCGACUGGAUGUAUUCUACCGAAGGCUGCUCCUCACCAAACUCUUCAUUGGGGGAUGGGGGAAGCCUGAAGACCUCAAGAGAAUCUUUGAGUUUCGAAAGUUAAUUGGAGACAGAGAGAAGUGCAAGUCUCUGGUUCCUAACGACUAUCCCGUUUAUAUAAACAAGACAGAGGAGCUUGCUGACUGUCAUGUCCAAGAGGGCUUCUUUAUCUCUCCUCUGGAGCAUUUGGUUCCUGGGAUCCUGCCACAAGAGGCUAUAAAGGCCAGGUUCCAGUUCAUAGUUCCUAAGAGAUGGCAGAAGAACAGACCAGUAUGUAUCCACUUAGCUGGGACUGGAGACCAUUUCUUCUGGCGUCGGCGGACCCUGAUGGCUCGGCCCAUGAUCAAAGAGGCAGGGAUGGCGUCAUUACUUCUGGAGAACCCUUAUUAUGGUUAUCGAAAACCCAGAGACCAACUACGAUCCAGUCUAAAAAAUGUGUCGGACCUGUUUGUGAUGGGCGGGGCUUUGAUCCUGGAAUCAACAGUCCUGCUUCGCUGGCUGGAGAGAGAAGGAUACUGGCCCCUGGGAAUGACGGGCAUCUCUAUGGGAGGAUAUAUGGCGUCCCUGGCAGUGACCAACUGGCCCAAACCCAUCCCUCUAAUUCCCUGUUUGUCCUGGUCCACAGCCUCCAGUGUGUUCACCACGGGUGUGCUGAGUAAAGCAGUGAACUGGACGCAGCUGGAGAAGCAAUACGCAAUUAAUUCCAGGUAUGAAGAGGAGAUCAUCAAGCUGCUGGAGUACUGUGGGGCUGAUUCCUUUAAGAUGGGUCCCAAACUUGUAACGAAUGUGGACGAGCAUUUCCACGACCUGUCUAAAGACCACAAACUGUCAGUGAGCCGGUGCACCAGAGUGGACGGAGGAAGUGACUGCGCUGGGGCCACAGGCGGAGCAGAGCAUCUGUUGUCGCUGGGGAACAGUGUUGGAGCGAGCUUCGAAACUCUGCCAACAGCUCUUGGUGGAUAUAACACACACGGGAGAAGGACGGAUGCUGCCGAACGUUGUCGUCCAUCUUUACACAAAGAAUCUAUAAGUUUCAUGAAGGGAGUGAUGGAUGAGUGUACACACAUGGCCAACUUCUCUGUUCCUGUAGAUACCGGUCUCAUCGUUGUCGUCCAGGCCAAAGAGGAUGCAUAUGUGCCCCGAACAGGAGUCCUGAGUCUGCAGGAGAUCUGGCCAGGCUGUGAAGUCAGAUAUCUGAGAGGAGGACACAUCAGUGCAUACCUAUUCAAACAGAAUAUAUUCAGACAGGCCAUAUAUGAUGCCUUUGACAGAUUCUGCGUGAAGUAUCCCAACCUGCACUAGCCGCUGGGGGCCAGACUGGACGUUUGCCUUCACGACAAUCAGUGUGGCAGCUGAGAUCUUUUGUUGUGAGGCACGUGUGACAUUUACAGGGUAGCCUCAGAGAAGGUGGAGCUGAGCACGACUCUUCCUGUUUGUAUAAGGGUGUGUGAUCUAGGUGUGCGACAAACCUCACCGUGCACAACUGAAACUGUAGCAGUUUAAAAUGUUAUGUGUUGUGAAAGAAACAUCCAGGUCUCCAGUUUCAGUUUGAUAACUGCUGGUGAUCAUUAAUAGCACUGUGUGUUUCCCAGCUGUUAUUGCUCCUGUAUCACCAGGCUGCAAGUGUCCUGCUGUAUUCCACUUCUCUUCCUUGUCUGACGCAACCUUGGAUGUGAAACUCGAGCCGAGCCAUUCCAUAUGAAAUCACAGAGGUUCCUCAGAGCUGGCCAGUUUAUGUUGGACUGACUUUAGCAUAUUUGAUGAAACCAUUAAAGAUUCUUACUGAAAAUUGUUACGGUUGUACACGUCCCUGAAAUUCUUAGGAGCUGGUUGAAAUCUGGCGCUUUUUUAUUUUGAUGCUCACGUUUAAAUGUUCGAUGAUCACAUGAACUUUUCUGGGCUGAAAGAAACAUUGAGUACGAGAUGUGGGAUAAAACACCGUGGGAACGCCGCUCGAUCGUUUUUCCCUGGAAUGUUGUCCUGAUGUCACAUGAAUCAAAUUUAAAGGAAGCUGAAGUAAAUGUUCAAUCACAACAAAGUUUGAUGGUAACCCAACAGAAUGUAAGUUGAUGCUUUGUUCUGUGUCCACUGUGCUGGUGGACUUUGAGGUUAACUGGCUUCACUGUGUUUGCUGUGCUGCUCACACAUGUAACGUGGAAACAAAUAAAUCUCCUUUCUGACAA